AUGAGCCGGGAUCGCCUCCGGAGCCUGUGGCUGCUGCACGCUUGCUCGUGUUGGGCGCUCGUAGGCAGCACCAUCCCCCCUCAGGCGCGGGGCUCAGAACAAGAAAGUAAUUUGGCUGCAGCGUUUGGGACUCCCUGGAGCCUAGAGAGUAAUGAUUUCAGGAGGCUAUGGGAAGAGGGAAUUUCCAGAAUUCCAGAAUGCUGGGACAUGAUCAAAGCUGAUGGUCUCUCGCCUAUAGAACAAAUGAAGGAAAAUGAAUACAAACAGCAUGCGCUGUGUAAAUUCUGUGAUGUGGAGGUGACAACCUGCACACACCAAGGUCACUGCAAAAGCAACUGCAACCGCACUUCCAUCUGUGAGAGUAAGAAUGAAGUCUGUGUAGCAGUAUGGAGACAGAAUGAUGCAAACACAACUUUAGAAACAAUAUGUCAUGAUCCUGCUCUGCCAGUCUCUGGACAGAAAUUGGAGGAGCCUGGCUCAAAACAAUGUGUGAUGAAAGAGAAGAAAGAAGUUGGUGGACUGCUGUUCAUGUGCUCUUGCAAAGAGGAAGAAUGCAAUGAUGAGAUCAUCUUUUCAAAAGCAGAUCCCCCAGACACAGAUGACACUGUUACAGUGAUGCUUAAAAGUCUCAUCCCAUUACUCGUGAUCACCAUUGCUGUGAACAUUAUCUUUUAUGGCUACCGUAUUCAUAGGAGAAGGAAGCUCAACAUGGCAUGGGACAAGAAUGUAAAGCCCAGGAAACAUAAGGACUGCAGUGAUGCUUGUGCUAUUAUGAUAGACGACGACCGCUCAGACAUCAGCUCCACCUGUGCCAACAACAUCAACCACAACACCGAACUGCUGCCCAUCGAGCUAGACACCCUCGUGGGCAAAGGCCGAUUUGCCGAAGUGUACAAGGCCAAGCUGAAGCAAAACACAUCUGAGCAGUUUGAAACCGUGGCUGUCAAGAUCUUCCCCUAUGAAGAGUAUGCCUCCUGGAAGACGGAGAAAGACAUUUUUUCAGAUAUAAACCUCAAGCACGAGAACAUCCUCCAGUUCCUGACAGCAGAGGAGCGUAAGACAGAGCUAGGGAAACAAUACUGGUUGAUCACCGCCUUCCAUGCUAGAGGGAACUUGCAGGAAUAUCUCACACGGCACAUCAUCAGCUGGGAGGACCUAUGGAAGCUAGGUGGGUCUUUGGCUCGAGGGAUUGCCCACCUGCAUAGUGACCACACGCCUUGUGGUCGACCCAAAACACCCAUUGUGCACAGAGACCUAAAGAGCUCCAAUAUCCUAGUGAAAAAUGAUCUAACCUGCUGCCUCUGUGACUUUGGGUUAUCCCUGAGGCUUGAUCCUACUCUGUCUGUGGAUGAUCUGGCUAACAGUGGGCAGGUUGGCACAGCGAGAUACAUGGCCCCUGAAGUCCUGGAAUCCAGGAUGAAUUUGGACAACAUUGAAUCCUUCAAGCAAACAGAUGUGUAUUCUAUGGCUUUGGUCCUGUGGGAAAUGACGUCUCGUUGUAAUGGUGUUGGAGAAGUGAAAGACUACGAGCCCCCAUUUGGUUCUAAAGUACGAGAGCACCCUUGUGUUGAAAGCAUGAAGGACAAUGUCUUGCGAGAUAGAGGGCGUCCAGAGAUCCCUAGCUCCUGGCUCAACCAUCAGGGUAUCCAGAUGGUGUGUGAGACUCUUAUUGAGUGUUGGGAUCAUGACCCCGAAGCCCGGCUCACUGCGCAGUGCGUGGCUGAGCGUUUCAAUGAGCUUGAGCACCAGGACAGACUCUCGGGAAGAAGUUGUUCAGAGGAGAAAAUCCCAGAAGACGGCUCUGUGACCACCACCAAGUAG